GAACAGCUGAUGCAGCCGAAGUACAAACACACACGCAUGCAUCCUUCAAAAGCUGGCGUAUGAUAGUUGCGUUGGUAUCCUCGAAUUGAUUCCUCAAAAAUAUUUGUUCCAACUUCUGAAGAACACCAGCAUGGCGCCUCUUCCUACCUCUCCUUCCUCAAGCGGCACUGCUAGUGCGAGCCCCAGACUGCUGCUGCACAGCAACAGCAGCGAGUGGAACGUCGUGGUGCAGCGGAACAUCAAGUCCUCGCUGCUGCUCCUGCUGGUGCUCUCCACCGUCUUUGUCUUCUCCGUCCUGCUGUAUUCGUCGCACGGCUUCGGCGCGGCGGCGACCGGCGAAGCGAUCACGCAGAGCCCGUUGAUGACGGAUCUUGACGUGAGCCGUUCUGUGCGCGGAGAGGAGCAAGCAGAUGAACCGAUUGUCUCUGCAGAGAAUAAUGUGACGGCAGAACAGAGCUCAGCUGCAGACAUCUCCUUACCAUCAGCGACCUCGUCACCAGCUCCGGCGGUUUCUACUACAAGCACGGCUGAGCAAACAGGUGAUCAAAGUUCGGUAGGAAUACAAGACGAGGAGAAAUGCGACAUGUCGAUGGGGAAAUGGGUGAGGGAGCAGAAGGGUCCAGUCUACACGAACCUGACGUGCCCGACGCUGCCGGACUUCAAGAACUGCCAGAAGUACGGCAAGGACCCCGGCCACCUCUUCUGGCGGUGGCAGCCCGAUGGCUGCGACCUGCCGCGGUUCGUGCCGGAGCGGUUCCUAGACGUCGUCCGUGGCAAGCGGCUCGCCUUCAUCGGCGACUCGCUGGCGCGCAACCAGAUGGACUCCCUGCUCUGCCUCCUGUCUCAAGCCGAGACGCCAACACACGUGUAUGCGGACGCGUUCGACAAGUUCCGGACAUGGCACUUCCCCGCGCACAACUUCACGCUCAUGGUGAUGUGGACGGAGUUCUACGCGCACGCCGUGCCGGUCCUCGACGCCGACGGCAAGCCUACCGCCUCCUUCGACAUCCACCUCGACAGGCUCAACACCAACUGGACCAGCCGCCUGCCCGGGCUGGACUACGCCGUCAUCUCCGGAGGCAACUGGUUCUUCCGCGUCAACUACCUCUGGGAAGACGGCCGCCGCGUCGGCUGCGUCAACUGUCGCGAGGCCAACCUCACCGACUUCGGCAUCGCCUACGCCGUCCGCCGCGUCAUCAGGGCGGCCCUCGAGGCCAUCUCUCAGUGCCAGGACUGCAAGAGCAGCCUCGUCACGUUCUUGCGGACCUACACGCCGGACCACUUCGAGCACGGCUCCUGGUUCAGCGGCGGCUACUGCAAUAGGACACAGCCUUUGGAGGACGACGAGAUCAGCUUGGAGAGCAUCGGCUGGGAGCUCAGAAGGGUGCAGAGCGAGGAGGUGAGGAGGGCGGGGGAGACGACCGGGAGCAAGAGGUUCGGUGUGCUGGACGUGACGAAGGCCAUGAUGCUGCGCGCCGACGGCCACCCGGGCGGGCACUACGACAAGCGGUGGGUGAGGAACGCCAGCGACUGCUUGCACUGGUGCCUGCCCGGGCCGGUCGACAUGUGGAACGACGUGCUGCUCCAGAGGCUCGCCGAGAUCUCAACGGCACCGGUGGCGCGGUGAUGCUGCCGCGUGACGGAUUGACCAAGAAUUUGGUACCAGUUACCAAAUUCCUCAGAAAAAAAAUGUAUUUAGCAAGUUUUCUCGACCUUUGGAGGAACUUCUACAUUGCAGUACGUCUACACACCAACAUAUGCAUGGAACAAAACAAGACGAAAUGUAUACUCAAGGCAAAGGAAAACAAGGAAACCGGAGUAGCAAAACAAGAGUGAAACUUUAUGAAUGCUUUAAAUUAGGAGGAAACAAUUACUGCUUUAUCAGCUGGUUCCAGUA